AUGUCUGCCUUGCAGGAGCGCGAGCUCAAGCAGCAAGGCGCCAUUGAGGCGGCCGAGGAGAACUUGGUCACCACCGAGCAGGUGGAGAAGGCCAUGGUCGAAGAGGCCAAGAACGCCGGUAUUCCUGCCUUCAAUUUUGAUCCAGAUGCCACUCUGGAGCAAAAACAAGCUCAAGCUCAAGCUGCAAUUCCCCCCGAACUUCAAAGGAGCAGGCGUCCCAAAGGUGCUGCAAUCAUCACCGACGUCGACGACGGCAAGGGACCUGACGAGGUGCUGCCUGACGUCGGCAAGGCUGGUGUGCUUGACGUCACAACGGAUGCACAAGGCAACGACACGACAGGCGCGGGCCUCGGUUCCCGAGAAGCUCCAUAUUCCCGCACCGGUUGGGCUCCCAAGCUCGGAUGGGGUGGCGGCGCAAUCGAUGCAGAGAGUCUCCUGGAUCAUUCCACUUGGCUUGAGGGUAGAUUGCCUCACAACCUUUACGGAGACUGGUACCACAAUACCGCCUUGAUUGUUUUCGCUUGUAUUUCCUCAUGGCUCGUCGCUGUUUUUGGCGGCGGGCUGGCCUGGAUCAUGGUCAUUAUGGCUGUAUGUUCCACGUACUACCGUACCUCGCUACGACGAGUGCGUCGCAACUUCCGCGACGACAUCACGCGAGAGCUUGCUCUGAAGAAUCUCGAGAGCGAUCAUGAAUCGCUGGAGUGGAUCAACUCCUUCAUGGUCAAGUUCUGGCCCAUCUACCAACCUGUUCUUGCGCAAACCAUCAUCAACUCGGUCGAUCAAGUUCUCAGCUCCGCAACUCCGGCUUUUCUGGACAGUCUGAAGCUCAAGACUUUCACCCUCGGCUCCAAGCCUCCUCGCAUGGAGCAUGUCAAGACAUAUCCCAAGACCGAGGACGAUAUUGUCAUCAUGGAUUGGAAAUUUAGUUUCACUCCCAACGACACGGCUGAUAUGACGGCUCGUCAGGUUAAGAACAAGAUUAACCCCAAGGUCGUGCUCGAAAUAAGAAUCGGCAAGGCCAUGAUUAGCAAGGGCCUCGACGUCAUUGUGGAGGACAUGUCCUUCUCCGGAAUCAUGCGACUCAAAAUCAAGCUCCAGAUUCCUUUCCCCCACGUGGACAGAGUCGAAAUGUGCUUUCUCGAGCGCCCCUCGAUUGAUUACGUCUGCAAGCCUCUUGGCGGUGACAGCUUCGGGUUCGACAUCAACUUCAUUCCCGGCCUCGAGAGCUUCAUCCUGGAACAGAUUCACGGUAAUCUGGCGCCCAUGAUGUAUGCGCCCAAUGUCUUCCCCAUCGAAAUCGCAAAGAUGCUCGCUGGCACGCCGGUUGACCAAGCCGUCGGCGUCCUUGCGCUCACCCUACAUGGCGCACAAGGCCUCAAGAACUCGGACAAUUUUGCCGGCACAGUCGACCCAUACGCUUCCAUCAGCUUCAGUCGUCGCCAGGAGCUCGCCCGAACCAAGACCGUCGAGGACAAUGCGAACCCGAAAUGGAACGAGACGCACUACCUCAUCGUUACAUCCUUCAACGACACCGUCGACAUUCAGGUGUUCGACAAGAAUGAAUUCCGCAAAUCCAAGGAACUCGGCGUUGCCACAUUCCGCCUGGAACAUCUCGAGGAGCUCCAUGUUCAUGAGAAUGAGCGACUGGAAGUCAUUGGUGAUGGUAAAGCUCGUGGUGUGGUAUCCUGCGAUUUGCGCUUCUUCCCCGUGCUUGAAAGCAAAACUCUGCCUGAUGGCAAGGUUGAGCCGGCGCCAGAAUCCAACCAGGGAAUUCUCCGUUUCACUGUCGAGCAAGCUAAAGAUCUGGAUGGAACCAAGAGUUUGGUCGGCCUCCUCAACCCAUACGCAGUCAUGCUCCUCAACGGCAAGAAGGUCCACCAAACUAAGAUACUCAAGCGCACCAACAACCCCAUUUGGGACAAUGGCUCCAAGGAAAUUCUCAUCACGGACCGACGCAAGGCUAAACUGGGUGUCACUGUAAAGGAUGAUCGCGGUCUCAUCAGCGACCCCUCUCUCGGAAUGUAUCAGAUUAAACUCGAUGAAAUCCUGGACUGCAUGGCGCAGGGCAAGGAGUGGUAUCAGCUGUCUGGGGCUCAGUCUGGCCGCGUCAAGAUGAUGGCUCAGUGGCGACCCGUCGCCAUCUCUGGCGUCAUCGGCACGGGUGGUUACUCUACUCCAAUCGGUGUCAUGCGGUUGCACUUCCAAAAAGCCAAUGACUUGAGAAACUUUGAGUCAUUUGGCAAAUCGGACCCUUAUGUUCGGGUUUUGCUUUCCGGCAUUGACAAGGCAAGGACGGUUACGUUCAAGAAUGACCUCAACCCCGAGUGGGACGAGGUCCUCUAUGUUCCCAUUCUCUCUCCCCGCGACCGUCUCACUCUUGAGGUUAUGGAUGCUGAAAAGAUGGGCAAGGACCGCAGUCUUGGUUUGGUCGAAUUGUUUGCUGGGGAUUUUGUCCACCAAGAAGCGACAGGCGAAUACAUGGUAAAUGACAAAAAGUCGGUUCGCAACGAAGGACUGCGGUUACAUGGAAAAGGCAUUGCCAAAGGGACACUCACUUACACCGUCGCCUUCUACCCCUGCCUCAACGUUGCAGAUCCGGAAGAGGAGGAGGAGGAGGAGGAGGAGGAGGAGGAGGAGACCGAAGCCGCCAAAAAGGCAGAGAAAGCCAACGGCAAAGCAAAUGGUAAAGCCAAUGGAAGAGCCAACGGUAACGCUACUGGAGACAAAUCCGAAGAAGCCCCACGGGCUUCCGUUGAUCGCUCUUCCAAUGCCGGUAAAUCCAGAGCUAGUAUGGACAAGCCACAGGCAAAUCUGGAAAAGGUGAAUUCAAAUGGAGGAAGUGACAAAGCAGACUCUGAAACUGCGGGCCGAUGCUCGGUCGAACGGCAAGGCCCUCCCAAGGUCCGGCUCAGCCCUGAAGAGCUCCUGAGACACCAAAGUGGUCUCCUCAUCUUCCGCCUCCUUGAAGCUGAAUUGCCUGAAAGCCACAGCCGCCUUGAAGUAUUUGUUGAUGACAUGGCGUAUGCCUCUUACAUUUCUUCCACUUCUCCGUCCAAGGUUCACAAGUUUGACGAAAUUAGCGACUGUGUGAUCCGAGAACUUGACUUCUCCCGUCUCACUCUGAAAGCGCGCAAGAAGGGUGACGACAAGGACCAAACUUUGGCUCAACUCACUGGAAAUACCAUGGAUACGCUCAAGCAGUGCUUGAACAAUCCAACAAUGCUCAAACUGCGAACUGAUGACGGCAAGGAUGGUUGGGUCAAGGUUAGCCUUAAGUACAUCCCAAUCAAGAUGGAGCUGGAUCCGAGCGAAAGCAUCAACAACAUGGGCAAACUUCGUGUGGAUGUCCUAGAUGCCAAGGAACUGCCGUCUGCGGACCGGAACGGAAAGAGUGAUCCAUACUGCAAAUUUGAGCUCAACGGCGAGGAGGUCUACAAGACCAAGGUCAUCAAGAAGACGCUGAAUCCAACAUGGAACGAGUACUUUGAGGUUGCUGUUCCCUCGCGGACCGCGGCAAAGUUCAACGUUGACGUGUACGAUUACGAUUUCGCCGACAAGCCUGACUUUUUGGGCGCAGCUGUCAUCAAAGUAGACUCUCUAGAGCCGUUCAAGGCCAGUGAGUGCACAUAUACACUGGACGGAAAGUCGGGUACCAUUCGCCUGCGACUGCUCUUUCGGCCAGAUUACGUCACAAGAAGCAUCCAUGGAACUUCAACAUUUUCCGGCCUGGGGGCUCCCACCAGAAUCGUUACAGGCGUUGCUGGAGUCCCCAUCAAGGGAGGCGCCGCUGUAGCUGGCGUUGUCGGCCAUGGCGUCGGCAAAGGCGCAUCAUUCUUGAAGCGUGGUCUCCUUGGCGGCAAGAAGGAAAAGGAAAACGGAUCCUUGCCAGAGACUCCUGACAUUCCAAUCAUUGCCACCACACUCAGCGACGACGGGGGACGAGGAACGGAGCCCGGCCUCAGAAAAGCUACUGGUCUCUCCGAAUCUCCAGACAUGGGACAAACCAUCAGCGCGUCGCAAGCGAGCUCUCCCAGCCACUCCCGGACGAAGAGCGUUACUACUUCAAUCCACAGUGCUGCACCGGGCAGCGGUUCCAAGGGCACGGCUACUUUCACAAUUGUGGGUGCCUCUGGUUACCCAUUAUCAACGGAUCUUUUCAUACAGGUGUCCAUGCUGUCGCCAAAGGAGAAGGUUAUUGGCAAGACGAAGCACUUCAAGUCACCAAACGGAAAGUGGAGUUUUGAGGAGACAUUCAAGGCCUCUUGCAAUGCUGACGCCCAGUUCAAGAUUGAGGCCAAGGGAGAUCACUUCAUUGGAAGCAGUGACGAGCUUGGAGAGCAUAUCUACUUUGUGGAUGAGACUGGAUUCGGUGCCGCAAAAGAGCUCACUGUUGGUGGUGGUACAGUCACAAUCAAGAGUAGCUUCCAGCUUGCCGAGACGGACGCGCCCGAUACACCAAAGUCUCACCUUCGACGUAGUUUCUUGGGCAGGCGAGAGUCUCGAACCAGCCGGGAAAUGACACCUAACCCUUAG